AUGUUUGGCUGCCAUAUCUAUAACAAUAAAUCUAAAGUAAUACUACUUAAAAGUGGUCAUUAUAGGAGGAUUGUAGAUUUUACCAGUGAUGAUAUUGAGAUGCUGUCUAUCAAGGAGAAAGUAUUAUCAUGUAUUAAUUCUCUUGACACAAGUUGCUGUAUUAAUAAUAAUAAUAAUGAAAUAUUUAUUAACAGUUAUGAUAAUAUUGAAGUGUACGAUUGUGACACUGUUGAUAUUGUAAAUAAUGAUAUAACUACAAGCGAUCAUAAAUGUGUAGAUAAAGAAUGUAUAGAAUUAGAUAUAAAAAUUAAUUUAGAUCAUAAUAAUGACAUUUUUCAAUCAACAUAUAAUGAAACAAGCGAGUCAACUAAAAGUGAAAAAAAUAGUACAAUGUAUAUUGAUUCCACGAAGAACGAAAAAAUAUUUGAAAUUAAUAUUAUAAAAGCAGAAUCAGAUAUGAAUAUUGAUAAACAUGAUAAAAUGAAUAUAGAACCCGGUGUAAAAGUAUUAUUUUACAUAAAUUCGAAAGAAUCUCCAAUUGGAGUAAUCGCAAAGAUUAAUACUGAAAAGGGAAUAAUAACGAUAGAGAGAAACUGCAUGACAAGAUUCUUUCCGAUCAAAUUGAUUACUAAAUUAGUAACAGAUAGGAAGGAUGUUGAAAAAUACAAGGAAAAGUUGUAUAAAAAUAAAGGGAAUUUGGAACAUUGUAUAGUGAUACACGCAAGAAACUUCCAAAACCCAAUAGGAAUCGAAUUUCAAAAUAAAAUUAUUAAACAAAAAUUUAUAAAUAAUUUAACAAUGAGCAGGUACAAUACUAAUGGUGUCACGCCCAACAGAAUAGACAUAAUAUAA